GCACUCAAAUUCAUAGCAAAAUUGUGUUUUUCCAAAUCAAACGUUUGUUUGUUUAAAGAUCAACUAAGUGAAUUAGUGUAACCUUUCUUGAAUAUACAGUACAGUAGUUGUAAUGAUUUUGUAUAAAAUGUUUUAAGUUGAAAUUCAGAAUCGGAUGCACUGCAAUUAUACACUUCGCUCAUUUGGACUUCCUUGCAAGCUGCUUGACAUUUGCUCGGGUAAUGUCACUUUCAAUCGUAUUUGACGCCACGUGCUAAAAACGUGGAUCACGAGCAACCAUGUGGGUCCACAAUGAGACAUGUCAAAGAAGUUAGAUCGCUGCAACAUCGUGACGACUUUACCGUAGACUCAUUGAAGACUUGUGAGCACGUUUUGUAAACACACCUAGCUUUUGCAAGCUACAGCUAAAGUUGGUAAACAUGAGCACCGGCCAAGAUCACGGUACUGUCAGCGUUAGUGAUGGCAAACCGGGCUCUCCCGUAUCAUUCCCCGAACACGUCCAGCGGGUUUUCAAACAUGUAAAGGUAGAAAACCUGGUGGCAGGAUUAAGCGGGGGAGUUGUUUCAACGCUGGUGCUUCAUCCUCUCGACCUGGUCAAAAUCAGGUUUGCAGUGAGUGAUGGCUUGGAAUUAAGACCCAAGUAUAAUGGCAUACUGCAUUGUAUGAAGAGUGUGUGGCACCAGGAAGGACUGAGGGGACUUUAUCAAGGAGUGACCCCCAACGUGUGGGGUGCUGGAGCCUCUUGGGGUCUCUAUUUUUUCUUCUACAAUGCAAUCAAAGCUUACGUAAAGGAAGGUCGCCAGACUGAACUGAGUGCUUCGGAGCACCUCGUGUCUGCAGCUGAAGCAGGCAUUUUAACACUCACCAUAACAAACCCCAUUUGGGUAACCAAGACCAGGCUUGUAUUGCAGUAUAGUUCUGACCCAAACACUAAACAGUACAGGGGGAUGCUGGAUGCCUUGUUCAAGAUCUACCGCGUGGAGGGGGUGUCAGGCCUCUACAAGGGUUACAUUCCUGGUCUCUUUGGAACGUCUCAUGGUGCGCUGCAGUUCAUGGCCUACGAAGAGCUGAAGAGAGACUACAAUAAAUACAAGAAAUUUCCUUCAGAUGCAAAGCUGAAUCCUUUGGAAUACAUCACAAUGGCGGCACUGUCUAAAAUAUUUGCGGUGGCUACGACAUACCCAUAUCAAGUGGUGCGAGCUCGACUGCAAGACCAGCACAAUAGAUACGACGGCGUUAUCGAUGUCAUUAGGAGGACUUGGAGGAAUGAAGGCGCCACUGGGUUCUACAAAGGGAUCGUCCCCAACCUGAUUCGUGUCACUCCAGCAUGCUGCAUUACAUUUGUAGUAUAUGAAAAUGUCUCCCGCUUCCUGCUUGGCACAAGUUAGCAAGAUCCAACAGUAAAAAGAAAAAAA